CGACGGGGGACUUGCUGGUGACGGGGGCUGACAGGUCUUGCUCGUUAGUCGUCAUCUCGGACUCAGAAAACGACGAAACUAUGAUGCUGCAGGUUAGGGAAUUUGAAUAAACAUGUGUAAGUCUUGCUGAAACAGAAAAAAAGCAGUAAGUGAUGACGUGUGCCCUUGUAUAAUGCAAUGUUUUUUUUACAUUGCAGCUCAUAAGAAAGACCAUUUAUAAAUGAUACUACAAAAUAUAUGAAAGUCCAUUUUCAUCCAGUACAAGAUAAGAAUAGCCAUCAUUAUACAGUAUCGUGUAGUGAAAUGCUACAAGUCAUCAUCAUUUUCCUGAAGGAAGUGCUAGACAUGUGGCUGCGGCGGCAGCAGGGCGCGGCGGUCUUCCAGGUGAUGGCCGACAGCCAGGACACUAACGUGACGCACCGCCUGGCUCAGCUGGUGCCGCUGGCUCGCCGGGUAUGUACGUGGCUUUAACUAAUACUGGUGGCAGCGGUGGUGCGGUGGGUGGUGCUGACAGGGUGGGUGGUGAUGAGGGAGGGAAGUUUUCACAGAUUGGGUUGUGGUGAUGGGCAGAGAGGUUGCUUUCCCUAUUGUAGAAAAAUGGCGUGUAAAUGGCCCUUGGAUUGUUGUAGGAACAUGAUGUAGCUGGUUUCUUAUUGGUAGCUGUGUCAUAAUGGUAAGUGACACAUACAGACAUGUUUGCCAUUUUAACUGUGAUGUCGGCGGAGUGGAGAGAUGCCUGUCACACAUCCACGCCGCAUCGUUGUCAGUUUGGCCAAAAUGCGACCUCCUUGGCCAGGUGCGUCGGUUGUCGCGGUGCACGGUGGUGGUGGUGGUGAGCCACGACCCGGCCUUCCUCGCCGCCUUCGCCGAGUGGUCCCUGAGAGGUCGGCUGCUGGUGUGGUCCACCAGUCUGGUGGUAGUGACACGCCUGGCAUUGCCGAUGCUGCGGGCCCUCCUGCCCGCCCACUGGACCUUCGCCAUGAUGAACACGAUCGUCCUCAGCGUGAACACCUCCUCUAGGUAUUCAUGGGCAGUAUUUUUUUCUUUCACUGUACGGUUUGAAGAGUAUUCAUCUUUUAUUACGGCCAGUUUUCAGGUGUUUAGCUACCUGCCGUAUAGCCCAGCAGGGCCAAUGGUGGUACAGGUGGCCUCCUGGACACACUCAUGCGGGCUCGUGCUCACCGAGGGUCACACACUUUUUGAAGAAAAGUUUUCUAAGUAG